CUUCACAAGACUGCAUAUAUAAGGGCCUGGCUGUAGCUGCAGCUGAAGGAGCUGACAAGCCAGCUGACCUCUUGCAUUCACCUCGCUACCAUGGACAUCGCUAUCCACCACCCCUGGAUCCGACGCCCCAUCUUUCCUUUCCACUCCCCCAGCCGUCUCUUUGACCAGUUCUUCGGAGAGCACCUGUUGGAGUCUGACCUUUUUCCGCCAUCCACUUCCCUGAGCCCCUUCUACCUUCGGACACCCUCUUUCCUGCGGCUACCCAGCUGGGUUGACACUGGACUCUCAGAGAUGCGCGUGGAAAAGGACAGGUUCUCUGUCAACCUGGAUGUGAAGCAUUUCUCCCCAGAAGAACUCAAGGUGAAGGUGCUGGGCGAUGUGAUUGAAGUGCAUGGCAAACAUGAGGAGCGCCAGGAUGAACAUGGUUUUAUCUCCAGGGAGUUCCACAGGAAAUACCGGAUCCCAGCGGAUGUGGACCCUCUCACCAUGACUUCAUCCCUGUCCUCUGAUGGGGUCCUGACUGUGAAUGGACCAAGGAAACAGGUCUCUGGCCCUGAGCGCACCAUUCCCAUCAUUCGUGAAAACAAGCCUGCUGUCACCGCAGCCCCCAAGAAGUAGACGCCCUUUCUCUAAUGGCAUUUUUUAAAACGAAGUUUCCCUACCAGUGAAUGAAAAUCUUGUGACUAGUGCUGAAGUUUAUUAAUGCUAAGGGCAGGCCCAAAUUAUUAAGCUAAUA